GGACGAGGGAGAAAGUGGAUUCGCCGCGAUUACUUCCUUCAUUAAAAGAAGAAUUGACCGCAUUUCUUCGCUGGCCAUUCGACGUCGCGCGAUGGACGUCGCACAGUUUAAAGAGUUCGCCGACGCGUCCCUGGACUUCAUCGCGGAUUACUGUGAGAAUAUUCGACAAUUGCCAGUUUUACCAAAUGUGGAGCCAGGUUACCUAAGUAGAGAAUUUCCACAAACGGCACCACAGAAAGGAGAAUCAUGGAAACACAUAAUGGAAGAUAUAAACACAUCUAUCGUUCCUGGAUUGACGCAGUGGCAUUCUCCAUAUUUCCAUGCGUUCUUUCCGACAGGCCAGUCAUAUCCUGCUAUCAUUGGAGAAUUGUUCAUGGCAGGAAUUGGAGCAGUAGCAUCAAACUGGGAAUCCAGUCCUGCGGUAGUUGAAUUAGAAGUUCGAGUUAUGGAUUGGUUAGCAAAAAUUUUGGGACUUCCAGAAGAAUUCCUUAAUUCUUCAGAUGGUCCUGGAGGAGGUGUAAUUCAGACCGCUGCUAGUGAAUCAACCUUGGUGGGUCUACUCGUCGGAAAACACAGAAAACUUCAAGAAGUAAAAUCCAGCAAUCCCAACCUACAAGACUGUGGCAUUUUAGGAAAACUAGUUGCCUACACUUCCAAAGAGUCUAACUCUUCAGUAGAAAAAUCCGGAAUUAUAGCUUCCGUUAAGAUGAAACUCUUACCAACUGAUGCUGAUGGCAGUCUUCGCGGUAGCGUUUUGGAAGAAGCUAUAAGAAAAGAUAAAGAAGAUGGUUUAAUACCUUGUUGCGUGGUGGCUUCCUUAGGAACUACAGGAACUUGCGCUUUUGAUAACAUCGAAGAGCUAGGAAAGAUCUGUCAAAGAGAGAACAUGUGGCUUCAUAUUGAUGCAGCUUAUGCAGGCACAGCUUUAUCUUGCCCAGAAUACAGAUACCUUCUCAAUGGAAUAGAAUACGUAGAUUCCUUCAAUUUUAACGCCCACAAAUGGUUUUUAGUAAACGGUGAUUGUUCAGCUUUAUGGUUUAGGAACACCAAACAAGUAGAAGAUGCCUUUAAAUUAAAGAAUAUCGUAGACCUACCUCAAUUCCUGCCCGAAUUAGAACACUGGCAAAUACCAGACCAUCGUAGAUUUAGGGCUUUAAAACUCUGGUUUGUUAUCAGAAUCUAUGGUGUACAGGGUAUUCAGAAACACGUGCGACAUCACAUUAGUUUAGCGAAACAUUUUCGAUCUUUAGUGGAGUCAGAUUUGCGUUUUGAAGUGAUUACGUCGAAUUUAGGAGUGAUAUGUUUCAAACUACGUCAGAGUGAAGCUGUGACUCAAAGAAUAUUGGAGAAUAUCGCUAAAAGGAGAAAAAUUUAUAUUAUGCCGUAUUAUUAUAAGAAACAACUGCUGUUCAGGUUCGUGAUAUGUAGCCGGUUUAUCACUGUGGAAGAUGUUGAAUGCUCCUGGAGGGAGAUUUCAUCUCAAACAUCUGAAGUUUUAAAAACUUUAGAGGAAGCGUGACAAAGGUCUCAGAGGCAAGGGCCAGUUGUUGAAAUGUUCCUUAUUGUUACUGUAAAUAUUGUUGAU